UUGGACCUGCAAACGGAGGCCGGUUCGCCCGCGUCUCUAUGGUUGGCCAGGCGACCGGAAGGGGAAGAAGGGAAGGAGGCGGAUAAAGUAGGGAUCAGGGCUGCUGCCGCCACCCGGACUCAGGCGAGAUGGCGGCCGCCCAGGUGGCGGCGGAGGCCGAUAUGGCCGCGGAGGGCUUGGUAGCCGGGGAGCCGGGGCAGCAGGGGCAGCCGGGGCAGCCCAAGCCGAAGCCCAGUGCCGAGGCGGAAGCGGCGGCUGUGGCGGCUGCUACAGUAGCAGCAGCGGCGGCGGAGCCUGAGGAAGUGGAAGGGGACUCCUUUCCGGAGGACUACGGGCUGAUGCGCCUCGACUCGCCUACCUACGUCCUGUACAGGGACAGACCAGAAUGGGCUGAUAUAGAACCGGUGCCCCAGAAUGAUGGACCAAAUCCAGUGGUCCAGAUAAUUUAUAGUGAAAAAUUUAGAGAUGUUUAUGAUUAUUUCCGGGCAGUUCUGCAACGUGAUGAAAGAAGUGAACGAGCUUUUAAAUUAACUGGAGAUGCAAUUGAGCUAAAUGCAGCUAAUUAUACAGUGUGGCAUUUUAGGAGAGUUCUCUUAAAAUCUCUGCAAAAGGAUCUAACUGAGGAAAUGAAUUAUAUCACUGCAAUCAUUGAGGAACAGCCCAAAAACUACCAAGUCUGGCACCACAGGCGAGUGUUAGUGGAGUGGCUGAAGGACCCAUCUCAGGAGCUUGAUUUUAUUGCUGAUAUUCUCAACCAAGAUGCAAAGAAUUACCAUGCCUGGCAGCAUCGACAGUGGGUCAUUCAGGAGUUCAAGCUUUGGGAUAAUGAGCUGCAAUAUGUAGACCAACUUCUCAAAGAGGAUGUGAGAAAUAAUUCUGUCUGGAACCAAAGACACUUUGUAAUUUCUAACACUUCAGGCUACAAUGAUCCUGCUAUCCUGGAGAGAGAAGUCCAGUAUACUCUAGAGAUGAUUAAAACAGCACCACAUAAUGAAAGUGCAUGGAACUAUUUAAAAGGGAUUUUGCAAGAUCGUGGCCUUUCCAAAUAUCCCAAUCUAUUAGAGCAAUUGUUAGAUUUACAACCAAGUCACAGUUCUCCCUACCUGAUUGCCUUUCUUGUGGAUAUAUAUGAAGAUAUGCUAGAAAACCAAUGUGACAACAAAGAAGAUACACUUAAUAAAGCAUUAGAGGAAAUGAUCAGUAGGAUGAAUACAGAGAGGCUUGGAGAAUCUUAUAUGAACUGAUGCUGAGCCAGAAGAUCAUUAUACACUUCAACAACAAUACUAUAUGAGGAUGUACUCUGAUGGAAGUGGAUAUCUUCAACAAGAGAAGAUCCAAUUCAGUUAUAAUUGAUCUAUGAUGGACAGAAUCAGCUACAUCCAGAGAAGGAACACUGAGAAAUGAAUGUGGACUACUUGCAUUUUUGUUUUUCUUCUCAGGUUAUUUUUACCUUCUGAAUCCAAUUUUUCUUGUGCAAUAAGAGAACUGUACGAUCUAAACACAUAUAUUGUAUCUAAGAUAAUUGCCUGCCAUCUAGGAGAGGGGGUGAAGGGAGGGAAGGGAAAAGUCGGAACAGAAGUGAGUACAAGGGAUAAUGUUGUAAAAAAUUACCUAUGCAUAUGUUCUAGCAAUAAAAAGUUAUAAUAAUAAAAAAAAGCUAACCAUGUUAGCCAUUUGUGUAUAAUCAUUGGGCAUAAAAAUCUCACAAAUGCACAAAAACAGCCAUAAUAAAUAUUAUGAAAUAACAGUCCUAAAGAAUACUUGGAUUAAAAAAAAAAUGAAAACUCCCAGGAACAUCAUAAUUAAAAUCUGGGGCUUUCACAUGGAAAAAAAAAAUGCUGUAAGCAGGCAGAAGAGUUCAAAUGUCAAAAAUCUGUUUUCAGGAUCACACAUGAUCUAGUGAUUAUCACUAUAAAAUAGAUCACAAAAUCAAGGAAAAUGGAUCGGUAAUGAAAUAGAGGAUUUUUUAGCAUUCCUAGUGGAAGCACUGUGGCUGAGUAGAAAUUCUGACAUUCAAAAGAGUGAAGAGGAGCACAAAAAGGCAAAGAUCAAUGAGUAAUUAUACAAAUAAUAUGGAAAAACAGGUAUAUUGAUGCACUUUGCGGGCAGUUAGAUGGCUCAGUGGACAGAAGGGGUAGGACUGAAUCAGGAAGGUCAUCCUCCUGAGUUCAAAUUUGAUCUCAGACACAUUAGAUUUGUGACCCUGGAUAAGUCACUUAAUCCUAUUUGCCUCAGUCCUGCAUUUAUAACGUGAGCUGGAAAAGGAAAUGGCAAAUCAAUUCAUUAUCUUUGCCAAAAAAUAAACCCUAAAUGAAGUCACAAAGAGUCACACACAAAUGAAACUACAAUGAUAGACUCGAUGGAGAUUUGAACUAGAGCAAGCCAAUCUGGAGAGUAAUUUGGAAUUAUGAUCCAAAAGCUAUUAACUGCAUGUACUUUUUGAUCUACUGAUAUUAAUUAGUUUUUGUUUAUACCCCAAGAGAUCAAAGAAACAGGGAAAGAUUAUGUAUAAAAAUAGUUCUAUUAGUUCAUUUUGUGAUGGUGAAGAAUCAGAAGCUGGGGGGAUGCUUAUUAUUUGGGCAAUAGCUGAACAAGUUAUGUUAUAUGAAUGUGAUGGAAUACUAUUGUGCUAUGAGAAAUGACAAUGGAAGAAACGAUCAGCAAGAUGAUUCAGAGAGGUCUGGAGAGACUUAUAUGAACUGAUGUUAAGUGAAAUGAGCAGAACCAGGAGAUCAUUGUACAUGGCAACAACAAGACUAUAUAAUGAUCAGUUCUGAUGGACAUGGCCCUCUUCAACAAUGAGAUGAUUCAAAUCAGUUCACUGAUGAAGAGAGCCAUCUACACCCAGAGAGAGGACUGGGGGAACUGAGUGUAGACCACAACACAGCAUUCUCACUCUUUCUGUUGUUUGCUUGCAUUUUAUCAUGCUUCUCUCUUUUUUUUUUUUUUAACUGGUUUGAUUUGAUUUUUCUUGUGCAGCAAGAUAAUUGUAUAAAUAUGUGUGCAUAUAUUGGAUUUAACAUUUCUGCCAUGUUUAACAUAUAUUGGAUUCUUGCCAUCUGGGAGAGGGCAUGGGGGAAGAGGGGGAUUGGAACACAGGGUUUUGCAAGGGUUCAUGUUGAAGAAUUGUCUAUGCAUAUGUUUUGAAAAAUAAAAAGCUUUAAUUAAAAAAAAAAGAAAGAAAUGACAAAAAAUAAUUCCCAGUUUCAAAAGAAACUUAAGAAGAUUUGGUUGAAUUAAAUGCAAAGUGAAAAGAACUAGAAAAUUUUACUGUGUACAAAAACAGCAAUUUUGUAAAUUAAAUUAAGACUUAGUAAUUCUGAUCAACACAAUAAUGAACCAUAAUUCCAAAGGAUUCAUAAUAAAACAUGCUAUCCAAUUCCAGAAAGAACUGAUGUAAUCAGAAUGCAGAUUCAAAUAAUUUUUUUCUUGUAUUUUUCUCACAUGGCUAAUGCACAAAUAUGUUUCUUAUUUCUCUACAUAUUUUUGUAAUGUUUUUUUUUUUUUUUUGCUUUCUCAAUGAAUGGGAGAAAAGAGAAUUUGAAACUGAAAAUAAAAUAUUUGAAAGUAAAAUUUUUCAAAUAUAUUAAGUAGAUGCAUGUUUACAAAAAUAGAAAGAAUGAAAAUUUACCAAAAAAUUAAAUAUUUACACAGAAUGAAAAAGAAAACUUUAAUUACCUAGUUCAGAAAAAGAAAUUAAACAGGCCAUAAGUGAAUUUCCAAAGGAAAAAGACUAAUGUGAGGUGGAUUAUGAAGUGAAUUUUAUCAAAUAAUUAAAGACAAAUUAAUUCCCAUAUUAAAUAAACUUUCAUAAAUAGUAAAAGAAGUUCUAUCAAAUUCCUUCUGUGAUAUAAAAAUCAUGAUAUCUAAAGUAGGUAGAGUCACAAUUAAAAAAAAGAAAACUAUAGUUUAAUAUCCCUAAAGUAUAUAAAUACCUCCCCCCCAAAAAAGAGCAAGAAUACUAGAGCAAUAUAUCAUAGUUUGGAUUUAUACUAUGAAUGCAGGAUUUGUCCAAUGUUAGGAAAACUUUAAAAAGUGAACAAUUUUGAAUUGAACAAAGAGCAAAAGUGGACAGCAGCAAAAACAAUAAAAACAUGAUAAUAGAUGCAGAAAAAGUUUUUGACAAAAUACAACACCUAUUUGUUUAAAAAAAAAAUACUAGAAAGCACAGAUCUUUAAUAUAAGUAAUACCUUGUGAAGACUAAAAGCCAGCAUUAUCUGCAAUGGGGAUAAACUAGAGACCUUUCCAAUAAAACAGGGGAAAGCAAGAAUGUCAAUUAAAACCAUCACUGUUCAAUAUGAUAGCUAUUACUAAAGAAUUGUAGUGAAUAAUAGACAGGAAACAAACUUCAUUUUUUGUAUAUGAUAUAUUUAUAUAGAGAAUCCUAGAAAAUCAACUAAAAAAACCAAAGCAAUGGUAGUAACUUCAGCAAAAUGGCAAGAUAUAAAAUAAACUCACAUAAAUUAUCAGCAUUUAUUUAGCAGAAAGAAAUAGAGAAAUUCUAUGUAAUAUAUCUAUAGAAUGUACAAAAAACUUGGGAAUCUUCUUGCCAACAGAACAAAAAUUAUAUAAACACAACUACAACUAUACUACUACAAAAUGCUCUUUACACAGACAUCUUUUGUUUUUGUUUUCUUUUUUUAAUUAAAGAUUUUUAUUUUCAAAACAUAUGCAUGUAUAAUUU